AUGAUAUAUCGGCCGGUGAAGGUACGUGUCGCCACCUGUUCGGCGUGCCGCCCGCAUGCCGGCUCCGUCCCGUGGGGGCCCAGACUGACGUUGAUAGAAUUCGACGAGGAAGACUUCGAUGAGCCCGACCCGGACUUUGGCCUGUCCGCUAAGGACCUCGACAGGGCGAAGCGGCCGGCGCACGUCAUACCGUUCAAAGUCUUCGAGCCGUCCGACAUACAGCGUCAGCAGGAAGACAUGAUGGACGAGGUCAACAUGAUCCUCGACAUGCGCAAGGAAGACGCUGCUAUCCUGCUCCGCUACUUCCGAUGGAACAAGGAACGCCUCCUCGAAGAUUACAUGGACCACCCCGACAAGGUUUUGGAGGCUGCCGGCCUGAGCAACAACUCUUCGGCGCUUCCGAAGCUCGAGACCACGCCCGACUUCGUCUGUGACAUUUGCUGCGAGGACGAGCAAGGCUUGGAGUCCUUUGCCAUGAAAUGCGGCCACCGAUAUUGCGCCGACUGCUAUCGGCAUUAUCUGGCGCAGAAGAUCCGCGGCGAAGGCGAGGCGGCGAGGAUUCAGUGCCCGGCUAACAACUGUGCCCGCAUCCUUGACUCCAGGUCGCUCGAUCUGCUCGUCACCCAGGAGCUCCGCGGCCGUUAUCAGUACCUCCUCAACCGCACCUACGUCGAGGACAAGGAUAUCUUCAAAUGGUGUCCAGCGCCCGACUGCCCCAACGUCAUCGAGUGCAGCAUCAAGAAGAAGGACUUGGACAAGGUCGUCCCCGCCGUCGAGUGCCAGUGCGGCUACCGCUUCUGCUUCGGCUGUCCCAAUGCCGACCACCAGCCUGCCCCCUGCGGAUUGGUCAAGCGAUGGCUUAAGAAGUGCGCCGACGAUUCGGAGACGGCAAAUUGGAUAUCGGCCAACACCAAGGAAUGUCCCAAGUGCAGCUCGACAAUCGAGAAGAACGGUGGGUGCAACCACAUGACGUGCAGGAAGUGCAAGUAUGAGUUUUGCUGGAUGUGCAUGGGCCUGUGGUCGGAACACGGCACCAGCUGGUACAACUGCAACCGCUUCGAGGAGAAGAGCGGCUCCGAGGCUCGGGACGCCCAAGCAAAGUCUCGCACGUCCCUCGAACGAUAUCUACAUUACUAUAACCGAUACGCAAACCACGAGCAAUCCGCCAAGCUGGAUAGGGACAUCGCGAACAAGACAGAAAAGAAGAUGAUUCAGCUUCAGACCACCUCGGGCAUGUCCUGGAUCGAGGUCCAGUACCUCCACUCCGCCUCCCAGGCCCUGCAAACCUGCCGGCAGACGCUCAAGUGGACCUAUGCUUUCGCGUUCUAUCUCGCUAGGAACAACCUCACCGAGAUUUUCGAGGACAAUCAGAAGGACCUCGAGAUGGCAGUGGAGAACCUGUCAGAGAUGUUCGAGAAGCCGAUACAGGAGCUGUCGGACCCGAAGCUGAAGGUUGAUAUCAUGGACAAGACGUCGUACUGUAACAAGCGACGGGUCAUCCUCCUGGAAGACACCGCCGAUAAUCUGGCCAAAGGUGUGCGCCACUGA